AUGGGCAACGUGCGCAGCGGGGCGCUGUCGCGGGAGCUGCUGGAGGAGCUCAAGGCCAACACGCGCUACACGGAGGAGGAGCUGUGCCGCUGGUACGAGGGCUUCCAGCGGCAGUGCCCCGACGGGCGCAUCUCCCGCAGCGACUUCGAGCGCAUCUACGGCACCUUCUUCCCCACGUCGGAGGCGCAGGGCUACGCGCGCCACGUCUUCCGCAGCUUCGACACCAACUCCGACGGGACGCUGGAUUUCCGGGAGUACAUCAUCGCGCUGCACCUCACCUCCUCCGGCAAGACGCACCUCAAGCUCGAGUGGGCCUUCUCCCUCUUCGACGUGGACCGCAACGGCGAGGUCAGCAAGAGCGAGGUGCUGGAGAUCAUCACGGCCAUUUUCAAGAUGAUCCCCCCCGAGGAGCAGAAGCUGCUGCCCGAGGACGAGAACAGCCCCCAGAAACGGGCUGACAAGCUCUGGGCCUACUUCGGCAAGGGCGAGAAUGAUAAGAUCGCCGAGGGGGAGUUCAUCGAUGGUGUCAUGAAGAACGAUGCCAUCAUGCGCCUCAUCCAAUACGAGCCCAAGAAAUAAGGGGGGGACACCCCAAAAACGGGGGGUGCCCCUUCACAUGGAG